AUGCUAGAAUGUCCCGCCGACCCUGCACUGGCUGGCUCUGCCGACUUCGGGCUCACCAGUGAGAGCCCGCGUUUCCAUGCCACCGGCGGAACGCCCACCUACGGCAACGACGGCGCCAGCCUGACCAUCGGCAAGCGGUUCGACGCCCCCAAGCUGACCUCGGACUUCUACAUCAUGUUCGGAUACGUCGAGUGGGAGAUCAAGGCCGCCCCGGGCAAGGGGAUUGUCUCCUCCGCCGUGCUGCUGUCGGACUGCCUGGACGAGAUCGACUGGGAGUUCCUCGGCGGCGACCCCAACCAGGUACAGAGCAACUUCUUCGGCAAGGGAGACACCACCACCUACGACCGGGUCAAGUUCCAUCCAGCUCCAAACAACAACCAGGAGUUCCAUAAAUACGCCGUGGACUGGACUGCGGACAAGACGACCUUCUACAUCGACGGCCAGAACGUCCGCGAACUCACCCCGGAUGCCGCUAAAGGACAGUACCCCCAGACCCCCAUGAGAGUCCUUGCUGGCAGCUGGGCCGGCGGUGACCCUUCCAACAACCAGGGAACCAUCGAAUGGGCCGGCGGUGAAACCGAUUUCUCCAAAGUCCCCUUCACCAUGUUCGUCAAGUCCAUCAAGGUGACCGACUACUCUACCGGCAAGGAAUACGUCUACAAGGACAUGACUGGCAAGUGGGAGUCUAUUCAAGCUGUUGACGGACAGGUCAACAAGUCUGGCAAGCCCGGGUCGGGCCCUAAGGUAGAGUCUUCCACGCUACCAUCUAGCCCAAGCACCAGUGCCCAUGUCCCCGUUCACACCGUCCCAGGGGGCGGCAUCGGGAAUCCCCAGGCCCCCAACACCGGAUCCUCUCCUUCCAAUACCCUGACAAAUGGACCCUCCUCAACGAUGACUUCCCUUGUAGGGCUCCCCAGCAGCUGGAUCGUAACCGAGACUGGAACUGGGGGAGUCGUAACGCCGACAUCGGCUGCUGAAUCAACAUCUCAUCACUCCGAUUAUACCUCCCGGUCUUCUCGAUCUGUCUCGUCCUCGGUUUCGGCUUCGUCUGGUAACGGCGGACAUGGCAUGACUACCUCUACUGGUUCUGGAAGCGCUCCUACCGGCACCGGCUCUCUCCCUGGCUCUGGCUCUGGCUCCGCUCCCGGCUAUCCUGUCCCUACAGGUACCAACGGCGGCGGCAGCAACAAUCCUACCGAUGGCGGUGCAUCUCCAACCAGCCCGGCAAUGCAGGCUCCCGGCAGUACUGGUGCAAUCCACUCUGUUAGCAAUGCUCUGCUCCUCUCCUUCUGUGCCAUUGCCGCCUGGGCUCUGGUCUAG